AUGGCACAGUUAGGUCAGACAGGUUUCUGUCCCGUGGGACAAAUGUUCAAUCAAACGGAACAAAGAUGUAUUUACGAUAAUGGUAAAUGCGACAAAACCUUCGAUAUAUGUAAAGUGGCUAAAACAUCGGUAAGUAUUUGGGAUGAAAAUAAUUGUCACAAAUACUACGAAUGCGAUAAAAAUGAGGCUCUUCAAGAAAAAAACUGCACAUUGGGAAAUUAUUACGAUGCACGUUCAGGUGACUGUAUUGAAAAAGCAAAGGUCAAUUGCUAUAAACAUCCGAUACCCGACUAUGCCUGUGGAAAUCCAAAAUUGGCCAUACUUAAUGCUUUCGUAAAGGACCAAGCCACUUGUCGUGGCUUUUUCUAUUGCAAGAGCAAGCCCAAGAAAACAGAAAAAGAUGGGUCUUGGAAUUAUGAUCCUGAUGAAAAACCGACUUGGGGUCAAUGUCAAAAGAAUUUUUUUUUCGAUGAAGAAACACAAUACUGUCGUGAUCAAAAUUAUGUUAAAUGUGAUGAAGAUCGUUGUGAUGGUCAUAUGAGUGGCAAAGUAUUGAGCGAAAAAACCUGGUUGUAA